UAUGGCCCCAAACAGAUCAUUGAUCGGGCCUGGUUCGGGUGAUCCGCGCACGACUGAUUACUAACUGAUCUGAGCUGAGCUUAUCACCAGACAUCAUACACACUACACAGCACUACCAUGGAGGCCCAAGAAGUACCUUUAUCGCUCCAGAACGUCAAGCACGUGGUGUUGAUCCUCUCGGGAAAAGGAGGGGUCGGCAAGUCGUCGGUCACCACCCAAACGGCCUUGACGUUGGUCAGCAAAGGCUUCAACGUCGGUGUGCUAGACAUCGACUUGACGGGCCCUUCCUUGCCCAGAAUGUUCGGGGUGGAAAAGAAACAGGUCCACCAGUCUACUGCCGGAUGGGUGCCAGUAUCGGUGUACAAUAAUAGUGAAGACGCGGUCAUAGACGGGCACAAGACCCGUGGUAACCUCAGCCUCAUGUCCUUAGGGUUCUUAUUAGGGGACCGUAAUAAUUCCGUGGUAUGGAGAGGCCCCAAGAAGACUGCCAUGAUCAGGCAGUUCUUGAAAGAUGUAUACUGGAGUGGAGGAGACAAAGGUGCUCCUUUGGACUACUUGUUAAUUGACACCCCACCAGGAACUUCAGAUGAGCACAUCGCCAUCGCAGAAGAGUUGAGAUGGGCCCAGCCGAUAGAUGGAGCCAUUAUUGUGACGACACCUCAACAGGUCGCCACGGCUGAUGUUCGCAAAGAAGUCAAUUUCUGCAAAAAGGUCAACUUCGAGGUUUUGGGGGUGGUGGAAAACAUGAGCGGGUUCAUCUGUCCUCACUGUGCCGAGUGUACCAACAUCUUUCUGACUGGUGGAGGUAAGGAGCUUAGUGAAAAGAUGAACUUGACAUAUCUCGGAAACAUUCCAAUUGCCCCUAAGUUUGUGGAGAUGAUCGAAACUCAGGACAACGAAGAAAUCAACGGAGGCAAGAAAUUGAUAGACCUCUACGAAGAAUCUGAGUUGAAGCCUAUCAUGAGCGGCAUAAUCGACAAUAUCUUGGCCAAGAACUUGCCCUCGAGAAUAUGAACAGCUUGAAUUUUACACAUACGGUGGGCUUAUAGAACAUAUAUUAUAGAUGAUGCCCUGGA